AGAAUUCGAUGUAAACAGACCAGGUUCCUUAUCCUCUGCUUCCUUGCCUGAGACGCUCGGAUGAGCUCCAGCGGAUUGGAUCAAUUCAGGAGGCGGGUCCGCCUCUUUUCUAAUUGCUGGUUGGCGAAGCGGACCUCUAAGGGCGGUGCCCGGUCAGAGCCCGUUUCCUUCGGGGAUUGGCUGGACGGGUGGUUCCGCUGAGGCGUGGUAGGAAGUGGUAGACGUCAAUCACGAGGGGAGACUCCAAACAGUGAGCCUUGAGCUGGAGAACAGCGUUUACCGGCGGAGCGGCCGGUUUUAUGAAUGAAGCAAUGGCUACUGAUUCCCCCAGAAGACCCAGUCGUUGUACUGGUGGAGCUGUGGUUCGCCCUCAGGCUGUCACAGAGCAGUCCUACAUGGAAAGUGUUGUGACUUUUCUUCAAGAUGUUGUGCCACAGGCAUACAGUGGAACACCUCUCACAGAAGAAAAAGAGAAAAUAGUCUGGGUCAGAUUUGAAAAUGCAGACUUAAAUGAUACAUCAAGAAAUCUUGAAUUUCAUGAAAUACAUAGCACUGGGAAUGAACCACCUUUAUUGAUUAUGAUUGGCUACAGUGAUGGAAUGCAGGUCUGGAGCAUCCCUAUCAGUGGGGAAGCACAGGAGCUCUUUUCUGUUCGACAUGGCCCAAUUCGAGCGGCUAGGAUCUUGCCUGCUCCACAGUUUGGUGCUCAGAAGUGUGAUAACUUUGCUGAAAAAAGACCCCUGCUUGGUGUUUGUAAGAGCAUUGGAUCUUCUGGCACAAGUCCACCUUACUGCUGUGUGGAUCUAUAUUCACUUCGUACUGGGGAGAUGGUGAAGUCCAUUCAGUUUAAGACACCUAUUUAUGAUCUCCACUGCAACAAGCGGAUCCUUGUCGUAGUCUUGCAAGAGAAAAUUGCUGCAUUUGACAGCUGUACUUUCACAAAAAAAUUCUUUGUCACAAGCUGCUAUCCUUGUCCUGGGCCAAACAUGAAUCCUAUUGCUCUUGGGAGUCGCUGGCUUGCUUAUGCAGAAAACAAGUUGAUUCGAUGUCAUCAGUCCCGUGGUGGAGCUUGUGGAGACAACAUUCAGUCUUACACUGCCACAGUCAUUAGUGCUGCUAAAACAUUGAAAAGUGGUCUGACAAUGGUUGGGAAAGUGGUAACUCAGCUGACAGGCACGCUGCCCUCAGGUGUGACAGAAGAUGACAUUGCGAUUCAUAGUAAUUCACGACGAAGUCCUUUGGUCCCAGGCAUCAUCACAGUUAUCGACACCGAAACAGUUGGAGAGGGCCAGGUGCUUGUGAGUGAGGAUUCUGACAGUGAUGGUAUUGUGGCCCACUUCCCUGCCCAUGAGAAACCAGUGUGCUGCAUGGCAUUUAAUACAAGUGGAAUGCUUCUUGUCACAACAGACACCCUUGGUCAUGACUUUCAUGUCUUCCAAAUUCUGACUCAUCCUUGGUCUUCAUCACAAAGUGCUGUCCACCAUCUAUACACUCUUCACAGGGGAGAAACCGAAGCCAAAGUACAAGACAUCUGCUUCAGCCAUGACUGUCGCUGGGUUGUGGUUAGUACCCUCCGGGGGACUUCCCACGUUUUCCCCAUCAACCCGUAUGGUGGCCAGCCUUGCGUUCGUACACAUAUGUCACCACGAGUAGUGAAUCGCAUGAGCCGUUUCCAGAAAAGUGCCGGACUGGAAGAGAUUGAACAAGAACUGACAUCUAAGCAAGGAGGUCGCUGUAGCCCUGUUCCAGGUCUAUCAAGCAGCCCUUCUGGCUCUCCCCUACAUGGGAAACUGAACAGCCAAGACUCCUACAACAAUUUUACCAACAACAACCCUGGCAACCCUCGGCUUUCUCCUCUCCCCAGCUUGAUGGUAGUAAUGCCUCUUGCCCAAAUCAAGCAGCCAAUGACGUUGGGGACCAUCACUAAGCGAACAGGGCCUUAUCUCUUUGGAGCGGGAUGUUUUUCCAUAAAAGCUCCAUGCAAAGUUAAACCACCUCCUCAAAUUUCACCCAGCAAAUCGAUGGGCGGAGAAUUUUGUGUGGCUGCAAUCUUUGGGACAUCCAGGUCAUGGUUUCCAAAUAAUGCAGGUCUGAAAAGAGAAAAAGAUCAGUCCAAGCAGGUGGUAGUUGAAUCUCUCUACAUUAUCAGUUGCUAUGGGACCUUAGUGGAGCACACGAUGGAGCCACGACCUCUCAGUACUUCCCCUAAAAUUAGUGAUGACACGCCACUGGAAAUGGUGACAUCACCGCGAGCCAGCUGGACUCUAGUUAGAACCCCUCAAUGGAAUGAAUUGCAACCACCAUUUAAUGCAAACCACCCCUUACUCCUUGCUGCAGAUGCAGUGCAGUAUUAUCAGUUCCUGCUUGCUGGCUUGGUUCCCCCUGGAAGUCCUGGGCCCAUUACUCGGCAUGGGUCCUAUGAUAGUUUAGCGUCUGACCAUAGCGGACAGGAAGAUGAAGAAUGGCUAUCUCAGGUGGAAAUUGUAACACACACUGGACCCCACAGACGUCUGUGGAUGGGUCCACAGUUCCAGUUCAAAACCAUCCAUCCCUCAGGUCAAACCACAGUCAUAUCUUCCAGUUCAUCUGUCUUGCAGUCUCAUGGUCCGAGUGAUACUCCACAGCCCCUUUUGGAUUUUGAUACAGAUGAUCUUGAUCUCAACAGUCUCAGGAUCCAGCCAGUCCGCUCUGACCCAGUCAGCAUGCCAGGGUCAUCCCGUCCAGUCUCUGAUCGAAGGGGAGUUUCCACAGUGAUUGACGCUGCCUCAGGAUGGUAGAAGAUCAAAGACAAGUUAACAAUGAGGAAAAUUUAGCUCAGCACAAUUAAGGAAAAAAAAUGAUUGUCUCAUUUGAAGAUGAAGAAAUGGUAAACAAGUAGAAGAAAUAUUGGGGACAGUUUUUUCUGAUGACACAUUGCUUCU